AUGCGGUCGUGGCUCCUGCUACUGCUGGCUUUUUUGCCUCAAUUCGCCUGGGCUUCCGAUCAAGCAGUCUCCGUCAAGGGCUACGUCAACUGUCGAGGCAGACGUCAGCCUGGUGCGUUCGUCCAGCUCUACGACGAGGAUACUGGUUAGUUCCACCCGCUAGAAAAUCGUCUGAGGAGUGCAUUGCAGAUCUGAUAUAACUUAAGGGCUCUAUAAUAUAAGAGGAAAAUGAUCGAUAACCCAAAAAUUAGGCGCCUUCGAAAUGGGUAGCCCUCUUACCUAGUCUUUCUGAAUUUGCCGCGAAUUUUCCCAACACUUUAAUGAACUGAGAAUCGGAACCGCAUAGUCAAGGAAGUACGUUUUACUUUGAAGGUGGAAUUAUUCGAAAAGGUGCCAGAACACUUUUUGAGGUACCAGGUGAAGGUCAAAAAAGUCUCAGCCUGCAAAAUUAUGAAAAAGACACCUGAAAGCCAAAGAAACCACUUAAAGUCCUUGUGCCCUCAUUUUCGAAAUCUUGGAAGUUGUGCAGGUUCGGAAUCUCAGAACUUGCUUUUGGUACAUCAAGAAACUCUCUGACCACAUUUUCGCAGAUCCUUGAUUGCUAAGUAAAACUAUCUUUCAUGCGAGAGAAACGCUGCCAAAAAAAGGAGUUCAACAAGUCUUGAAAACGAUCGAAUUUUUUUCGGAAAAAGCCCAAAUUUGAAAGACUUUUUUUAAUAAACGAUGAGAAAAAAAAUAAAAUUUCUUUUUGUCGGUACUCCAAGGAGGAAUUUGCAUAUUGUUUUUUUCCUGUACCCUUUUUGGCAUCGGCGCCUUUGGCGUCCCGCAAAGUAACGUUCUUCUACUUCUCAGUCCUCGCCGCAAGGACCAUCCACUACACAGAACAGACCAGAUCACACACGCAAUUCAAAUCUCAAAAGACUUCCUAGUUACCAGAGGAAACACACUAACGUGGACUGAAAUUUGAAAAACUCGGCCCAAAAAUUUUCUGAUUUUUAAAAACGAUCGUCUUGGUAUAAGGGAAGUGUAUGAGGUAAAAAUAGAAUAUUUUAUUCAAACUUCUGGGUAGGUAUUCUUAGGUAUGGGUACUCGAAAAUGGCUGAGCGCUGUAGGGUAAUAAGAAAUAGCCAGUGAAAAAUGUACCGAAAAUGUCCAAAAACUGACUUUCUUCAGGUUUCCAAGGAAAAAGCAGUUUGAGAGCUUUUUCUGUACUUUUUUCGGCAGGCUAUUUCCCAGUUCCUUAGGGCGUUUAGCAUAUUUUUCUCUCAGUUUUUGAGUACUCAUUUCCAGAACUUUUGAUCACAGUAGUUUGAACCAAAACUGCGACGUUCCACUCACACACUUCCCUAGUCAGACCGAAUUUUUCUUUUCUGAGCCCAAGGAGUAAAUUAAAUGUUUUUACAUGAAACCUCCUUACAGCAAAGUUUUCAGAAGUUUCAUAUCAGAAAAACCUUUUCACCCCGAAUAGCUAUCUUCGCCGUGCGCUAAUGAAUGAUUAGUCUCCCUUUCUGGAAAUUCAAAAAAAGCGAGCGAAAUGACUUCUCAUGAGAUUUUUUUUUUGAUAAUUCGAAUAAGACUAAGAAAAGACACAGUCUUGCGAGAAAAAAAAGAGACACCUACCAGCACGUGAUUAAGCGCAUCAGAACAGUUAUACGACGAGCCACGGCGAAAAGGUGCAUGUCAUCGCACCCCGAUCCCAUUAUUUUAAUGUGGUCUGAUGACGUGUUCGUGAAAUAUCUCGAGAGGAAAAGGUUACCAAUCCGUAAGAUGGUGUGGAAGGCAUUGUGUCAUCGCUAACCUUUACGUAUCUCAGACGAACUUUUAAAUGAUAUUGGUUGUCGAGAAUAUCGGAGGAAAGGGGAAAUUUCAUCGCGGGUGUAAUCUCAUAAUAGGACCUGUGAAAGAGACUAGGGUUACUGUCUGAGAUUAUUUGACCAUCUUUGAAAAGAAGCAUCUGAAAAUAUAAUUAAUCAUUUAUAAAAAAAAGCUUAGAAAUUUUUUUCUAUAAAACCUUAUUAACUUGAGCUUUUCAAAAUGAGAAAAACACUUUUUGAGAUGAGUUAAAGCGAAAUUAUCUCACGGUUUUGUGAACACACCUGUUUAGACUUCUCACUUACAGUAACUCUCGAAAAAUCGCAGAAAAAGACUCGAUUUCAUUACUUCUGUAUUCAGCUUUCAGGAUUUCAACAAAUAUGCUUUUGAUAGCUCUGGUCUCCUAGUAAAAAUGCCUGAUCGGAAAUUAUUCCAUUUUCACAACUUUUUCGGUUCAAAAUUUAAAAAUUUCGAAAAGAAAAUGUUUCGCUAGCCUCAUAAAAAACUCCGUGAUCUGAGAAAAGCAUUUUAAAAAAAACAAAUUGACUUUUUUUUCGAUUCGGGUCGCGCAGCUUCAGAUGACGCGAAAAUAAACAAAUCAAAAAAGGAAUUUGCUCAAUAUUUUCCUAGUUUAGUUACUCCAUUGCAAAACUAGUAUUCUUUUCUUACAGUACCUUUUUUCGAUAACGACGAUCUCCUUGGCUCAGUCGUUGCUGGCCAAAAUGGUUUCUUUUGCGUCAAAGGCUUCACAAGCGAGGUUCUUUGGCUCCGUUUGCAACAUCAUACCUUCAUGUUCAGUUUACCAAAAUCGAGCCCUACCUAUACAUCGAGCACAAUUGCGGUUACGAAGGGCUCAAAGAAAAAGUUUCUUUCCUAAUUCAUCAGUGAAAAUCAACUUCAUUUUUAGCAACACUUCAUAAAAGAAAUUCCUGCGGAGUACAUAGCUGAAGGAGAUAAAGCGAACCGUUCCUACCACAUGCAUGAAAUCGAACUUCUUACCCCGGGUAUCAUUCAAUUUGAGGGUUCUAAAAUCUUCUUUUUUGUUUAGAUGCACCUGUCCAACAUUUCCAAGGGUACAAAUACGACCUACUGGCAAAUCUAUCUCUCUCUCAGAGAAUCGAGUACUGCGCCACCACCUACGUUAUGUACAAAGAGGUUUUCGAAAAGGUGCUUUGAGCCAUAGUUAAAAAAAGGAAAUUCAGAGAUUUCAGUUAGUCUACUCAGACGGCAACGAACAUGAGAAAGUAUACGUUUUGCCUCGUGAUGAUGAAGAUGUUUUGGAAGGAGAUCAAGUUGUCGAUGGAACGGUGAACACAGAUGACAGUAAUCUGGACGGUGGCGAAACAGGAAAUCAUCAAAUUCACAACACCCACGUCAUCGAAAUAAUUACGACUAAUGAAACUCACACCGAGAGCCAUUCUUCUAAUAGUGAACAGGAACGGCUAGAUCAAGAAAGAAUCCUCCAGGAGGAGGAGGAGAAGGAGCGCAAGCAGCAAGAAGAAGAACGUCUCCGUGAAGAAGAGCGGGUGCGUCUGGAGAAAGAGCAUCUCAGAGAGGAAGAAGCGCGCGAGAGAAUCGAAAUCGAACGACUUCAACGAGAAGAAGAAGUUCGAAGGCAAGAGGAUGAGCGCCAACGUCAAGAAGAAGACCAAAAAAGAAGAGAUGAUGAAAGAAGACGUGAAGAGGAUCGCAGAAGAGAGGAGGAAGAGAGAAGAGAGGCGGAGGAGCGUCGCAGGGAAGAUGAAAAACGCAUAGAAGAAGAACGACGAGACGCAGAACGACGAGAAGCAGAACGCCGCGAAGAAGAACGAAAACGUCAAGAAGAAGAAAGACAGCGACAACUGCAUGAAGAGAACGUCCGUCUUGAGAGCAUCAAGGUUAAGGAGGAGCAAGUAGAUCAGCAGGAGAAUAUCCUGGACGAUGGUCUGUUUAUUUCUGUUGUUUUUUUUAUUUCUUUUUUUUUCAGCGUGGCUGAAAGCGGAAGAAGCCAAAAGAGUGGCGAUCGAGAAACAUAGAGAAGAAGUUCGCAGACGCCAUGAACAACAGUCAGUUUAUCGUGAGAUGCGCAGCUUCAAAGAUAAUUCAAUUUUCAGUCGUGCCGAACUCAUCAGAAGAGAAGAGCUGAGCAGGCGGAACAGGUUGAGACGUCUGGAGGAGAUCAAAAGACGCGACGAGAUCGUGAGACAAAUGAAUGAAGAGCCGCCGACGGACGCCGACCCAUGCAAGCAGUACCUCAUGCGCAUUCACCGAGCUCGUCAGCUUCAGGCUCAGCUUCUAUCUCAAGUUUACCGCAAAGUUGAAGACCCCUGCCUGAGACGCUGA